AUGAGUUAUGGAAGGCCUCCGCCCCGUAUUGACGGGAUGGUUUCCCUAAAAGUGGAUAAUUUAACCUACCGAACAACACCUGACGACUUGCGCCGCGUUUUCGAAAGAUGUGGAGAUGUUGGCGACAUAUACAUCCCUAGGGACAGAUAUACAAGAGAAAGCAGAGGAUUCGCUUUCGUAAGAUUCUUUGAUAGACGCGAUGCUGAAGAGGCUUUGGACUCGCUCGACGGGCGCAUGUUAGACGGGAGGGAACUGCGUGUCCAGAUGGCUCGCUAUGGAAGACCAUCGUCACCCUACAGAAGCCGCCACGACCGUCGCCGCAGCAAAUCCCGUGGUGGUCGCUCCAGGUCUAGAUCCCGGUCACGGCGUCGUUCAUACUCCCGCAGUCGGUCUCGUUCCCGUGCCUCCCGAUCAAGAUCUCGCUCAGACUCUAAGAGCUCCAGGGGGCGUUCUCGCAGCCGCUCCAGGUCACGCUCAAGAUCCAGGCAUUGA